AUGGAUAAGAACGACCUGGUACAGAAGGCAAAGCUUGCUGAGCAGGCUGAGCGUUAUGAUGACAUGGCUGCUGCUAUGAAGUCAGUGACGGAGCAAGGUUCAGAGUUGUCAAAUGAAGAGCGCAACCUUCUCUCCGUUGCCUACAAGAAUGUGGUGGGAGCGCGCCGCUCAUCCUGGCGUGUCAUCUCCAGCAUUGAGCAGAAGACUGAGGGCAAUGACAAAAAACAGCAGAUGGCACGUGAAUACAGGGAGAAGAUUGAAGUUGAGCUGCAGGAUAUCUGCAAGGAUGUGCUUGUAAGGGUCUAUAAUUUCUGUUGAAACAUCUGUGAUUUGCACACUUGUAAACUUGUUUCUUUUAAGUAAUUGUGCUAGGUUGUCAAAAUCGUCACUAAAGAAACUUCAAAUUCUUAUUUUCAGGCGCUGCUGGACAACUUUCUCAUUACCAAUGCAUCCGCUGCUGAAAGCAAGGUGUUCUAUCUGAAAAUGAAAGGCGAUUAUUAUAGAUACCUGUCUGAGGUCGCAUCCGGGGACGCAAAGAAGGGUACGUGAAGUCGUUUAAAAAUUUGCAAACUGAUUUUUUAUUUUUGAAUUUAUAAUGAACAGUAACUGGCUGUUCUAAACUGAAAAUUAAAAAAUAAAUCUCCAAAAUAAAAAAGGCAGAAAUUUCUUACCAGGUGACAUAAUCGUGUUUGUGCCCGGUGUUGCAGUCGGCAAAUAUUUGCACACACAUUUGCCACUGUUAUCAAACGAUGACUAUCAUGUUAGAUUUCCUCACCACCCUCCACUGGCUGGAAAUAUCAGUUUUUGUGGUGUUAGCGAGGGAUCAGUAACAUUUAUUUCUCUCUUUAAUUUCCCCACAGACACAGUGGAGAACUCCCAGGAGGCGUACCAGCAAGCUUUUGAAAUUAGCAAGGGGGAGAUGCAGCCAACACACCCUAUCCGGCUGGGCCUGGCCCUCAACUUCUCAGUCUUCUACUAUGAAAUCCUCAACAACCCGGACAAGGCAUGCCAACUGGCAAAGACGGUAGGGACUACAGCCUACAUGCAAUCACAUCUUUGAAAUAUUUGAAGAUGGUAGAUGUCACACUCGAGCCAAAAACUCAAACACUGUUCCACUUGUAACACCUUUUAAAAUCGAGAUUUCUGAAAUUUCUGAUAUUCCAGGCAUUUGAUGAAGCCAUUGCUGAACUUGACACUUUGAACGAGGAUUCUUACAAAGACAGCACCCUGAUCAUGCAACUACUAAGGGACAACCUGACCGUGAGUCUUCAGUCCCAUAAUCUUUGCCUUUUUUUUUCCUAUUUUAAUGUUAAUCCAUGUAAAUCUUUAACAUUUCUCUCUCUGUGUUCCCAGCUGUGGACAUCAGAAAACCAGGCAGAUGAGGGAGAGACUGGAGAUGGGGAAAACUAAUGGAAUUGCACUGUUAAUCCACCUACACUCUUAUCUUAAACACAGACAGCUUAUAUACAUCCCCCUCCACUCCAUCAGCUCCUCCCACUUCUGUAUGACAAGCAGCCUGAAUUGCUCCUGACCAACUAGUUUACCCCUCUCAGUUCACUGUGAGGUGACAGGGUGAUUUUUCAGUUAGCAGAUUCAGUCACUUUGUGGAAACAUGUUGUAUUGAAUAGUGAGUCCAUGUUGCUGUUGUUUUUUUUGUCAGCUUUGUGCGAGCGUGUGUCUGUAGUGAGUGAGCAAGUGUGAUCAGAUGUGAAAGAUAGUGUGUAUGGUCUCGGGGGGGAGGGGGUGUUGUGAAUUCUAAUCGUCCUUCCAAAUCCCUUUGUCCCAGCUAGGUCCUUGUGCAUUUCAUCCCCCUUUUUUUCUUUCUUUUUUUUUGUUACUUUCUUAUUUGUGAUUCCUCAUGAUAUUUACAGGUUUUAUUGUAUGGUAAUUAAGAUGGCAGUUGAUUUCCACCAAACACUGUGAUGGUAGGCUUUCCAUUCGCUCCACAACCCCCUCAAACAUUUUUUUUUCUCUUUUUUUUUUUUUCUGUGUGUGUGUGAGUUUUCAUACACACAUACGAUCCUGUAUUUGACUAACUGCAAUUCUGCUGUGUGUUCAUACAGAAAGGAGGCAGGCUGUAUUGUGACACUGACAUCUUGGUGUAAUGAUCCUCGAUCAUGUUCACAAAUUUCACACUUUCAAACUUUGAAGGGACCCCUGAAAUUGUCAUGUUAGAUUUGUCCAGACAUCAGACAUUCCACAUUAUUAGGCUCUUGAAAGGCAGUGCUCUUUUUUUUUUUUUUAAUUUUAUUUUUUUUUUUGUUUUUGAUUAUGGAUUGUCAUUGUAGUUUUACUCACUGUUCAGGUGCUGCUUGAUCUCAGUACAAUGGAAAAUGUAUGUGCGUAAAUGUGGUUCCAUGUAUUUUGCAAGAUUGACUAUCAUCUGUAUGUAAAACCUAAAGUAACCUUUUAUUGAUGUUAAUUGAAAAUGUCUUACCACACUGUAUCAACCCUGCUUGCAAAAUAUUCCUCUUAAAGCGGUUGUUUUCUCCAAAAAAGAAAAAAAUCUGCGCCUGGCUUUCUCUUGCAGCCUCUGUUUUCAUCAAGGGACCGGAUCUGCUUGUUAAUGUUGUUUGGAAAUUUAGAAGAAAACGAGUUAGACUAGACGAAAUUAAAUUUGCUAAAUCCCAGUUCUUACUCGGUUGCAUCUUUGCUGUUAAACGUUGAUGGUGUGAGUUAUUGCCUCAAAAAAAAAAUCAGGUCUAUUUUGAAGGUGCAAUUUGGAGAUUUUCAAAAGAAGCUCAGUGUCACAAUACCAUGUAUCACCACUACAUUCCACAUAUUGUAGUUGAAGACACCAUUCCACAUUAUAGCUGACAGUCUGUUUACUCUGAAAAUGCUCCAAUGAAAUUGAAAAAAAAAAAAAUCUUCUGUUGGAAAAAAAAAAAAUCAUGUCAGUUUAUUAUUAUGCUUGAUGAAAAUGCAGUUAGUGAAUGUGGAACGAAGCCUGUCUGUAUAUCAGGUAUCUACUUGCUUUGUUUUUACUGACAAGUCUUAUGGCUAAAAUUUGCUUCUGUAACAGUCUAUUACCCAGUGCACACACGUGGUUGUGAAAUUUUAGAAUAGCUCUAAAAAGCAAUGACUGAAAAUGGAGAUAAAACAAUGGUUGGUGUAAUUCUAGCUUUGUGUUUAUGUAUCUUAAAACCAUUCUAGUUUCACUAUACAUGUAAGAAAUAGGAAAGUGUCAAAGACCAUUCAGUGAAAUAAAGUUUCGUUUAAGAUAACAGGCAAAAUACGUCUUCAUUUUGUUCAAAGGGAAUACUUUCUUUUUAUGAAUUAAACAUGGAAAUAAUUGAACAACUAGAAAUUAAAUCAGUUGUUUUUUAAACAAGUUCGGGUAGGUCAUAUCAAUCAACAGAGGGCGAUAGAAGCACAGGCUCGUCCUGUAGUUGUACGAACUAGUUCUCAUCGCGGAAUGUCAUGUUCGCGGAGUAUGUUCCCCGUUACGAAGACUCAGCGCGGAGGACACGGUCAGGUGUUCCACGGUCUUAAUUAAACGAAAACAACCUGCCGCCGCGCAUGUGGAAAUUGAUCGGCGCUCACGAAACAAGGAGUCUGAACACAUAAUUACGCUUAAAACUGUAAGUAGAACAUCAUUUAUUGUUUUUUUUUAAACGUUUGUUCAGAAAAGAUGCCGCUGCUUCACCUGCAGUUUGUACGAGCAGCGUUUCGUAUUAAGUCCAUUAAUUGUUUAGCUAACCUAAGCUAGCUAACAUAAGCUAGUGUUUAUAGUCAAAAGUUAUGAUCUCUUUGGCCGAACUUGACUUUUAAAACAAAAUGGAGCCCAACAAGAUGGUGAAACUUUUGCGAAUGUAAAAUUCAAGUUAAGUUCGAUUCUUGUUUUCCUCAAACAAGAACAUAAAAUCCUUUCUGCAAGUAAUAAAGGGGAAAAAUAUACCUCAAACAUUUUUUAGUUUGUACUCUACACUGUUUUCUAAUAUUUAUGCAUUCAUAGGCUUCAGACAGGAAGGAAUCAUUGAUAUCACUGUGGUCUCUGGAGUGAGGAUAGAAAUGAACCAACAUCUCCAAAAGGUAGAAAGUUCCCCAAAACUGCACUGCAAGGUUUUAAUAAAAUUUUAGCUGUUUAUUAGCAACUCAAAUGUAAGAUGUGGUCUUGCAUCUCUCUGUCCUGAAAAGAACUUAAAUAAAAAGUUAAUGAAUUGAGCGUUUAACCUGAUAUACCCCUGUCUUCAACAAGCCGUUACCCAAGAUGAACAGCAGUGGACCGGCCUAUCCCCUCGCCUCUUUGUAUGUUGGGGAUCUUCACCCUGAUGUUACAGAGGCCAUGCUCUACCAGAAAUUCUCACCCGCUGGACCCAUCAUGUCAAUCCGUGUGUGCCGUGAUAUCAUCACCCGCAGAUCACUGGGAUACGCCUACAUAAACUUCCAACAGCCAGCAGAUGGUAGAGUAUUUAUUUAGUCAAAACUCCACCAGAUUUAUUACUUCAAAUAUGUUUGUUUGUAUUGGAAAUGGUUUACAAGAAUCCUAAUUGCACCCCUCAAACUAAGUAUGGAUUUUCUGAAAAUUCAUGCUCAAAGUCACCCAUUACUCUCCCCUCUCGAUGAUGUUUUGUGUGUGAAGCUGUUUGAAACUCAAACUGUAUUUUUUGUUGUCUUCUGGUGGUCUUUUGUGAAGAGUAUAACUAAAAGUACAAUACUCAAUGGAAUUCUCGGUGUUUAUCUUUUUAAAACUACUCUUUCAAGCUGAGUGUGCUCUCGACACUAUGAACUACGACGUUGUCAAGGGUAGGCCCAUCCGGAUUAUGUGGUCCCAACGUGACCCGGGACUCAGGAAGUCUGGUGUGGGAAACAUCUUUAUCAAGAACAUGGAUGAGUCUAUUGACAACAAGGCACUGUAUGACACCUUCUCGGCUUUUGGGAAUAUCCUUUCCUGCAAGGUCAGUGGCAGAAUCACAAAGUUUAUGAUAAUGCACUGAACCCAUUUGUAAUAUGCUAGAAAAUGUAGUCCAGGCAACCAAAUUUAAGGACCAUCAGCCAUGACUUAUCAAAUUCGACUCACCUCAAUCAAAAACCUUUGUGGGAGAUGACUCUUUGUAGAAAAACAGUGUGGGUCUUUUUUGUCGUAGGUUGUUUGUGAUGAGAAAGGAUCCAAAGGCUACGGCUUUGUUCACUUUGAGACCCACGAGGCCGCAAAACGAGCCAUCGACACCAUGAACGGGAUGCUGCUGAAUGACAGGAAAGUGUAAGUGAAGUUUAUAUUUCAGUGAUAUUUCAAAAAUAUAAACUGAUCAGAUUGUAUUGAUUAGUUGAGGCGGAGAGGAGGGCAGAAAAUGUGUAUAUUCAUGAUUCUUUUUGAAGUCACAGAGUUUGUGCAGAUGACUGUUUCACGUUUGCUUUUCUUUUCUGUUUUUGCUUAGUCAUAAAACAAGUUCUGGCAUUGUCAACCCCAAGGCCCAUGUCCUUGGGAAAAAGUGUCAGUUGUCCCUGUCUGGGUCAGUGAGUAGGAAGGAUCUGUGUCUAGGGUCAUUGUUCAUUUGUGUGUUUGGUAAUCUUAGGAAUAGUCAUGUUCAUACAGUUAGGGUUUGUCCUUGUUUUUGGACACAGUGAGGCAGAAAUUAAGGAUUGGAUCUUAAAUUUUCAGUCCAGUUUUAAAUAUUCUCUAAAAUUAUUACUGUGUGACCAUUAUGCUGUUAACUUUAGUCUCCAUUUUGUCUAAAAAAGGGCAAAGGAAGUGUUCUGGUCCUUGUAAUGUUUUUGUUAGUUUUGGUACAGUUUUACUGUCCCUGACAUUAUUAGAAUUAUGGAGCAACAAAACAUUAGCCAGCCUGUAGCUUAUGUAUGAGUUCUCAGGGGGGACUUGUUUCAUUUUUAUGAAGCAGAACAGCCCCUUUUUAUUGGUUAAUUUGACCCACUAACCCUGCCAGCACUAUUUCCUAGUGCUGGCAGGGUGGUGGUGUUUCUCACCUCGAAAGAAAGGCAUUGCUAAAGAAAUGGUGCCAAACAAAUUUCCCCCCUUUAGAAAGAGAUACAGGCUCUGACUUUACAGCUAACAGUCAUUCUCUCUAGGAGGCUUAAGACUAUUAUAAGAAGAAAACGCAGAAAUGUAGAAUCAAGUCACUGGAUCUGUCAUUAAAUUAUUUUUUUUUUUCAUGCUUUUUGGUCAGACCAGACACCAAAGACACCUUUUCACUAUCAAGUGUUUUAAUCAUGGUUUUUUGUGGUGUCCGGUUGAAUUUUUUUGUAGUUUUGUUGGCCACUUCAAGUCCCGCAAGGAAAGAGAGAUCGAGUUUGGCACCAAAGCGAUGAAGUUCACCAACAUCUACAUCAAAAACUUUGGAGAGGACUACUCUGAUGAGAAACUCAAGGAGGUCUUUUCUUCAUUCGGUGAGAACGCACAGCCUCAGACUCUGAAUCACUCUGUUAUGGUGUAUUUUACUUUUCUGAUUUUCACUCACAAACCAAGCAUGCACUGACUGAUUUCUGCUUAACCUCAAAGGGAAGACCCUGAGCGUGCGUGUGAUGAAGGACGAGAAAGGGCGGUCACGGGGAUUUGGCUUCGUGAACUUUGUCAACCACGAUGAUGCUCAGAAGGUAGAGUGUGGAUGUUUCUUUGUUCACUCAGGUUUGGAUACCUGCCAGCAGAGAAAUGUCAUUCUGUUGACGUUAAGGGUGGCGAUCACUUAUCACGUAUAUCACUUCAUUGUCAGUUAUACACACAACCCUGUGGAUACAGAUUCUUGUUUCCGGAUCUGAGGUGCCGUUAAGGUCUAGAUUAUGCAGUUUCAGAUUUAUACUGAUUCAGACAUCGUAAAAUAAUCCUGAAAGCAGCGAUUGAAUCAUGAGGCCAAACACUUAGAAUAAGCAAAUCCCUGGUGUGUGUGUGAGGGUUUUCAGGCCCUUGAGGACUGUGGUUUCCCAAGCAAGUAGGAUACACACAACAAAACCACAAAAUAAACAUUCUCACACCUCUGCACAGCCCUGAGAGAAACUGUCAUCUUGGCGCACCCGUCAUCCUGGCUCUGCAUGUGCCAACAGCUCUCACACACAGACACACACAGACCGGCAGUGCUUUGCUCACAGCACCUGCAUGUAUGACGAUGACAGAAAACAGUCUCUAUGUGGCCCUGCUGUGUCUUUGUAAGCUGGCAGGUUCAGGAAUGUCAUUGGCUGGUGAAUCACAAGUAGUUAGUAAUCACAGCGCCUACUCUGCUCAGUUUGGAGAGAACAUUCAAGCUGAAACUAAAUAUUUACGUAGCCAUGUUGGUAUUGAAAUGUCUUUGUCCAGUAAGGAUACUGAAUUGAUGCUCCUGUUGUUUCUUUAGGCAGUGGAUGAGAUGAAUGGAAAAGAGGUUAAUGGGAAAAUGAUCUACGUGGGUCGGGCUCAGAAGCGCAUGGAGCGUCAGGAAGAACUCAAGCGCAAGUUUGACCAGAUCAAGCAGGACCGCAUUCAGCGCUAUCAGGUUCUUGGUUUCAAAAUUUUGUAUUAUGUUUCUUUGCAGACAGCCAGGGUAUAAAAAAUAAGAAUGCAAACUUUCAUAAUUUGAUUUGACAUGACACUGAUGAUUUGUUUGUGAUUUCAGGGGGUGAAUCUGUAUGUGAAAAACUUGGAUGAUGGCAUAGAUGUUGAGAGACUGAGAAAGGAGUUUGCCCCUUAUGGCACCAUCACCAGUGCAAAGGCGUGUGAUGAUUUAAGACACGAGUAAAGGUCCUUACACACUGGGGCCGACACGAAUAUAGAACGCGAAAUUAAGAAAUAUUCAGAGGUAAAUUUUGACGUGCACCUGACGAUGCACAUCAAGCCCAAUGCGAUUAUGCGACUUUCCGGGGGGAAAAGGACGCAUCCUGGCGAAGACUUUUGCCGGGGAAAGUCCCGCCUCCUUCGCCUCUGAUUGGCUAGAAAAGCUGGAAACGUCAUCACAUGCUCAAGCCAAACGGUCAGCACUUAUAGCCAAUCAGAGGCGAUAAGAUAAGCACAUGAAACUAUGGUAACAACCGUUACCUUACGUUAGCACAGAUGAAAGUUAAAACAAAGACGUUUAGCAAACUGUUAAAGCACACAAACCAUCGUCAUGAGAGAUCCGACGCUAUGACUCUCCACAAGUUGUCCUUCAGGUCUUUAUCUUUGUAAUGUUUGUGUUUUUUAUCAAAAAGCACUUAUACUCUGGAUAUACCGGUGAAUCUGACGUCGAAAACGACAUGAAAUCUGACUGGUCAGAAGUGGACACACAGUAUGUGAAACUUUAGAAAAAUCGUCCAUGAUCUGAAAAAAUAAAUGCCGGUUUGAAAAAAAACAUUGACGUCCGAAAUAAUCGCACGACAAAAACGGUCCUGGUGUGAAAGAACCUUUAACCCUCGUGAAAUAUCCAUAAACAUUUUAACCACAUGUCAAACAUCUCUGACCUCGAUCCUCUUUGUUUCCUGAAGGUCAUGACCGACGGCUCUCAGAGCAAAGGCUUCGGCUUCGUCUGCUUCUCAUCGCCCGAGGAAGCCACCAAAGCAGUCACUGAAAUGAACGGCAGGAUCGUCGCCACCAAGCCGCUGUACGUGGCUCUCGCUCAAAGGCGGGAGGAGCGUAAAGCCAUCCUGACCAACAAACACAUGCAGAGACUCGCCAGCUUGAGGUCGAUGGCAAAUCCCAUCAUUGACUCGUACCAUCAGGCUGGAUACUACAUGACUGUCCCACAGGUGUGUUUGAUAGUGCCAAGGGAAUGGGGAAUUUCUAUCUGAAGAUUCAUAAAGAAAAUGUUUUUUUUUAAGAGAAAAAAAAUGCUUCAACUUCAGACUGAGCGUUUAAGUUUCCUCUGUCAUUCAACUUUCAGCCUCCCACUCGCUCCUUCUACAACCACAGUGCAGUCAGCAACAUGAGACCAGUACCUCGCUGGGCCGGACAACCCCCCAGAGCUCAGGGUGAAUGAUUAAUUUGUUCGUCUGCUCGUAGAUUCGUGUUAAUAUUGCAUGCGCGUGAUUGACGUGUCUCGUGUUCUCAGGCCCUUACCCAGCCCAAUAUGCUCCCCGCCGUGGAUCGACACCCAUCGCUACUGUCAGACAGGCUUCCACUCAGGCCCCUCGGGUUAUAAACGGCACUCAAAAGACAAGUAAGACCAGAACCAUGACAAAAAAAGUCCAAUUGAAAUGGAUGUUAGUAUGUGAUGCAUCUGUUGUCUCUAUUUAGAUAAUAUUGGGACUCAGACUGUUGGAGGGCGUACUGACAUGCCCGGUGUGACCAGGAGUGGCCAGUACAAGUACUCAUCUGCAGUGAGAAACGCCCAGCAGGUUAUUAAUGUACCUGCACCCAUGACAAGACAUCAGGUACUACAGUCUGUGCUAAACACACUCUGUUAAAAUAGUUUCAGUACUUCUUUCGAAUUAAAGAUCAGGAUUUGUUUCCUUUACCAUUGUGGUCAAUGAUGUUGAAUCCUUCCUCCAGGCUGUUCCUGGACCUGUGAUGGAGCCGCAGGUUCACAUUCAAGGGCAAGAGCCGCUCACUGCCUCCCUGCUCGCCGCAGCCCCGCUCAUGGAUCAGAAACAGCUUCUCGGUAUGUGGCAUCACUCACUUUCGCCCUUCUACCAUCAACUCAGAUUUGUGUCAUAGUUGUCUUCUGUCUCUGCUGUGAAAAUAGGGGAGCGUUUGUACCCGCUGAUCCACUCCCUUCACCCAAACCUGGCUGGAAAAAUCACCGGGAUGCUGCUGGAGAUAGACAACUCUGAGCUGCUGCACAUGCUGGAGUCGCCUGAGUCGCUGCAUGCAAAGGCAUUUAUACAUUCACCUGUCAUUUACUGUCACCCUCACACAGUUAAAGUCAGUCGCACUUUAAGACUCAGACAACAUUUUUCUGUCUUGAACACAUUUCAUUGUUAAGUUUACCUUCCCCUCAUCAUUGUUGCAGCCCAAAAAUAUCAGAGGAAGUCAACGGAAACAACAUUUUCUCUUUUUAUGUAGAGGAGAUUAAAAUAAUCAUACUGAGUUUGCUCCAACAAGAUUUCACUUCAACUUAGACUGAUGUCGGAAAAAUUACUUUCUCUCUCCGCGGUCAGGUGGAUGAGGCGAUUGCUGUCCUGCAGGCUCACCAGGUGAAGGACUGCUCUCCUAAAAAGUAA